AUGGUGUUGGAGGAGGAGGAGGAGGAGGUCGGCGUGGUCGCGGCGGAGGAGGAGAGGCCGUGGGUAUGCAUAGGGCAUUUCUUGACGUCCAAGGUGAUCAAACUUGAAUACAUGAGGCAAGUCAUGGCUUCAGUAUGGCAGCCAGUGUGGGGAAUGCAAACUACGAAGUUUCAGCCGGGCAGAUUCAUGUUUGUCUUCUACGACGAAACUGAUAUGCGGAGGGUGCUCGAUGAAGGGCCGUGGUUGUUUGAUAAUAACACCCUGGUAUGCCGGCAGGUCGGGGCGAGAGUUCGGCCGACGGAGGUGGAGCUUAACUCUGUGGAUAUGUGGGUGCAGUUGUAUGAUUUGCCAUUGGGCUAUACGUCGGAUGUGGUGCUUGAGCAAGCAGCCAAUUUUAUUGGUUCGUUUGUUAAGGUAGAUGAUCGUUUUGCAGGGGCACAGUGGAAAACGUUUCACAGGGUCCGAGUCUCAAUCCUGGUUGACAAGCCAUUGAAACGAAGAAUGAAGCUCAUUAAACGGGACAAACCGAGCUGUUGGGUGAGUUUUCGAUAUGAACGACUACAUAGCUUCUGCUUUUAUUGUGGUUUAUUGGGGCACUCACAUAAGUUCUGUAAGCUGGCAAGAAAGUCGGGGUUAACUUCUGAUCAAUUCCCAUACACGGCCGAGUUAAAGGCAGGGGGUGGUAGUCGGGGGCCGCAGCAAGUUGGAGAGCCAUGGUUGAUUCCACUAGAGGGUAAGGGGAGGAGUGUGGCGGUGCAGGAAGGGAGGGGGAUGGUCUCGGGUUCUGGUGAGGGAGAGGCCGUACGGCCAGGGGUAGGGAGGGGAGGUGAGGGGGCGGUGGUGGCAAUAUCGAAGAGGAAGAGGGAGGCGGAUGUGGAGGAGGGGCGGUCGGGGGUGGAUAGGGAAGAUGUGAUAAUGACAGAUGUGCCAAAAAAUGGGUUUACGGCGGGUCCUGUUGUUCAGGCCCGCCCCUCAUGA